AUGACGCCUGGCAACCUGUGUGGCGUGCCCCUAGUCGUGCUUCCUCCUCCCACCUCCUCUAAGGUUUCGGUGCAUGUGGAAGAUAACAAAGAGGGGAUUUUGGCAGGUGAAACGUCCCGCAUGACGAGAAAAAUGGGACUUUUGAGCCUUGCGACUCUUUCUGAUGUGGCCAAAGGGAAAACCGUUGCCGACUGCUGUCAUCGACGCAAGCUUGCCACCAAAUUUAUUGCCAAUUUUAUACCUUCUAGUGAAGAGGUAAUAAGUAUCCUUGAUGACGAUACACACCAAUCCAAGGGGAUACCAAGGGCAUCUAAGCAGCCCGUCCUAAACAAGGUACCUACCGGGGUUGGCCCAACGGAGCCACCACUGGUCCAAAAGGGUAAGUCUCCUACUGCUUCGGAGACAUCUGACUAUGAUAAUCUCAUUGCCAGCUUCCAAGGCAAAAAUAUUUCUUCCAACAAUCUCUUCAUUCCUAAAUGGAAUCUUACUAAUGAGUCUCAUCUCUCCCAACAAGAAGUUGCUGCCACGCUUUCCCUAAGGGAACCCACCUUUUUCUUUACUGCGGGGGUUCGCCGUAUUCUUCAUCUCAAAAGUGUGGUUGUUAAGCUUCGCGCGAAUGGGAGGGGUUUCCAACAACACAUUGCUUCUCUGGAAUCCUCAGUGGAGUCCUCUCGUCGCCAAUUGGAGCUGUUGGCUGGCGAUAAAAUGACCCUUGAGGAGCACUAUGCUCAAGUGGAUGCAAAAAUUGUUGACACCCUCCAACAGAAUGAGGCCUUGAGCAUUCAGGUGGAAAGUCUGAAGAGGGAGCUGUUAGAUAAGGAAAAAUUACUGCUUGACCGUGAGGCAGAGCUGUCCUGUCUCGGGAAUGAUUUGGACUGGCUUGUCGAGGAUGGAAUUGGUGUGGGACGUAUCAAGAACAUGUGCUUCGCUGCUGGUGAGGAGUCUGACGGAGUGGCGCUGAGUAAGGAAGUGGUUGUCGGGGCAUUCGAUCCUAAUGCUGCUAGUUCCACCUCAAGCCACUCGGGGGAGAUGGUUGAUGAAAUUAAAUCGUUCAUCUCUUAUGAUUAUGCCUCCAUGAUGAAGUUGGGCUCCCUUGAUAUUGAUGGCCUUUGCCAGUUGUGUGCGGAUGACGAUCAUGGAGGAGUAGGUCCUAACAACGAUGCCAAGAUCACAAGGUUAGAUGGAGGAGUCGGUAAAUGA